AUGGGGAAGAGCAGUAGACGCGCUCGCAGGAAGGAAGUAAUUUAUGGCUGCUUCGGCGGCAGCAGCAGCAGCGAUGAGGAUGUAGGCCGGCCUGCUGCUGCUGCUGCUGGGCGCAACAGCAAGCGCCGGCGGCGCCGCAGCAGUAGCCGCAGCAGCAGCGAGGAUGGCGGCAGCGGUCCUAUUCAGUUUGUCAAGGGUGGAGUGUUGCAGCCAGAGGACCCCAACGAGAAGAAGCAGAAGAGCAGCAGCAGCAGCAAGAAGAGCAGCAGCAGCAGCAGCAGCAGCAGCAGCAGCAGCAGCAGGCGUCGCGAUGCAGCCCCCCAGCCGUUUGAAUUCGACAAGAGCCAGCUGAAGCUGUCUAUCAAGAAGCCCAGCGACAAGGAGCAGCAGCAGGAGCAGCCGCAGCAGCAGUUAAGCAGCAAGGACGCGCAUGUGCUGCAGCAGCUAGGGCUCGAUUACUCGGAAAGCGAGGACGAAAGCAGCAGCAGGGGCGCACAGCAGCAGCAGCAGCAGCAGGACGGGGCUUCUCCCGUUUCCGGAGGCCGUUCGGAUGGCGAGUCCGCAUCAGCAGCAGCAGCAGCAGCGGGGUCUUCAGGCGCAGCAUCUGAGGGCGGGAGCAGCGGGAGCGAAAGCAGCAGCAGCAGCAGCAGCAGCAGCGGGAGCGAGAGCGAAGGCAGCAGCAGCGGCCGGCGCAGCCGCUCCCCCGCGUUCGUGUUCAAGCGCGCCGCCGCGCAGCCGGGGGACUCCCCGGGCAGCGACCCGCAGCAGCAGCAGCAGCAGCAGCAGCAGCAGGGCGGCUGGGGGCAGCAGCAAAUGCAGCAAGUCUACGGAAAAGGCUUCGCGCUGCUGCAGCGAAUGGGCUUCAAGGGGGGAGCGCUGGGCAAAGAUGGCCGCGGCCUCGUCGCCCCCAUCGAAGUCAAAAUCCGCAAGAAAAACAGAGCCCUUCAAAACCAGGGCGAACGUCUUCGCCCUGGCGAAAAGGGCGCAGCACCCACCAAGGUGGUGCCCAGCGGGGUGGUAGGGCCUGACGUGUUUCGGUGGAAGCCAGCAGCAGAAGCAGCAGAAGCAGCAGCAGCAGCAGAAGAUGGCGGUGUCGCGCGAAUGACGGGGGUGUCUGACGAGUGGCGAACGGGAAAGGCCCGCAGCAAACGGCUGGUGAAAACACCAGCACAAAUAGCUGUUGAGGGGCGCAUGCUGCUGCAGCAGCAACAGCAGCAGCAGCAGCAGCAGCUCAGAGUUAUCGACAUGACCGGCCCGCAAGUUCGACUCCUAGAGAAUGCUGCGGAGGUGGGAGAGGCUUUGCGGCAGCAGCAGCAGCAGCAGCUGCUUCAGGAAGAGGUGCUGAGGCUGAACGGCAGCAGCAGCAGCACCAGCAGCAGCAGCACAAGUGGAGUGCCGCUGCAGCUACUGCAGCAGGCGCUAAGACAGCAGAUUCGUCGGGUGGAGAGAGAUCUGCAGCAAGUUGCUGCUCAAAAGCAUCAGCAGGAGCAGGAGCUGCUGGACGCUGCAGCAAACGACGAACGGCAGCAGCAGCAGCAGCAGCAGCGCCACCUAGCAGUGGAAAGUACGAAGCAGCUGGCUGCUGCAGUCAAGGCCAUGUACACCCGAAUCAAGCGGCGCAGCAGCCCUGAGGGGCAGCAGCAGAAGGAGCCGGAGGCGGACCGCUGGAGCGACGAAGAAGCACAGGCAAAGAGCAACAGCAGCAGCAGCAGCAGUAGCAGCGACAGCAGCAGCAGCAAGGAGCCGGAGUAUGGCCACCUGACGGGGGGUCUCACCCCGAAGGCUUUGCUGCAGGAGGUGUUGAGGUGGAGAGACACGUGGCAGGAAGCUUUUUACAAGUUACACGUUGCUGCUGCUGCUGCUGCGCUGCUGCGGCUGCUACUGCAGCGGGUGUGCGGCGUGUGGGCCCCUCUCGAGACAGCAGCGCCGCAGCUGGCUGCUUCUGUGGGGCAGUGGUUUGGAGUGUACACGCAGCUGCACCAGGAGGAGGAGGAGCGUUGGAUGGCGAAGCUCAAGCAGCAGAGGCAGCAGCAGCAGCUGCUGCUGCUGCAGGAGCAGCAGCAGCGGCAGGAACAGCUGGAGCGGCUGGUGGCAGGGAGGACUUACGACCUGCUGCAGGAAGGAGUUGAGGAGUCCGUUGGGGCGCACAUGCGGCGGCAGCUGCUGAACUCUUGGACUCCCGUGUCUGCUGCUGCUGCUGCUGCUGCGCUGCUGGAGGUGUGGCUGCCGUCGCUGCCGGCCCGGGCGGGCCGCCGGGUGCUGCAGGAGCCUGCAGUGCAGCAGCUGCGGCGGUCGCUCGACAGUUGGGAUCCCUUGGCCCCCAGCAGCAGCAGCAGCGGCAGCAGCGGCAGCAGCAGCAGCAGGCCGGUGCACCAGUGGCUGCUGCCGUUUGUGUCUCUGGUGGAGCGGCCGCUGGCGGAGUCGGAGCUGCUGCUGCCGCUGCAGCAGAAGCUGGUGCGGGUGCUGUCUGUGCACUGGAGAGCCUCGGACCGCAGCUGCCUGGCGCUGCUGCGGCCCUGGAGGGGAGUGUUCAGCAGCAACUUGUGGCUAGACCUGCUGCAGCGGGGGGUGGUGCCGCAGCUGCUGCAGCGGCUGCAGCAGCUCGAGAUCCGGCCGCAGCAGCAAGACCUCACCCCCUUCAACGACGUGCUGCUGUGGGAGUCGCUGCUGCCCACGGAGCUGCUGGCCCGCGUGCUGCACGAGGGCUUUAUGCCACUUCCUAUGAAGAGGGCCUUUGUUGGCUUUGUAGAGAGGCCCUAA